GCUCCGAACGGAGAGCCGUGGAGGGCUGGCGUGGGCGGCGGCCAUGCGCGCUGCGGCAUCAGCGGCGGCCGCCAUCGCGACUACUACCGCAUUCUGAACGCCGCCAAGAAGCAGGGCCCAGAGGCGCUCGCGAGGUUCAAGGCCAGCAACCCGCGCCCUCGCGAGGUCGAGGGGGCGCUGGCCUUCUACCAGCUUGCGAAGGCGAAGAUGCAGCCUGCAUCGAAGCCGCCACCGCCUCCGCCGCUGCAGCGAGGAGCUGCCGUGAGGCCGCGGAGCUGCAGCGAGGAGCUGCAGCGAGGCCGCUGCAGUGAGGAGCUGCAGUGA